AUGGCAGGAAGUGAGCUCGAUGAAAUGGAGGAGGAUGGUGGCGGAUUUGAAGGUUGGAGCGGAAGCCUUAUAUACCACCACCACCACCACCACUGCGGUACUUUAAAUUUUCAAAGUUUGGGCAUGGAGCAGCAGUAUGCAGAGGAAGACAAAGAUGUGGAAGAUGUGCAGGGGAGUAUAAGGCUCCUGGCUAAAAACAACACUUCAACAGGAAACAGAGUUUGUGCAGAACUCGACUGUGGAACUAUUGUUUCAGUGAGACACAAAAGCUCAGAUUCAGUUACAGAUUCUUGGCAGAUCAGCUCACAGUGUGAUGAACCUUCACUAAGUGACUGUGUUACACCUUGGAAACGUCCCUCCUCAUUGCUGGAGCUGAGCUGUUCAGACUCUGUCAAACUGGUCCAUGGUUCCAGUCUGUGUUCAGGCAGACUGGAGGUCUGGUCCAACCAGCCCUGGUGCUCAGUGUGUGAAGAGGAUUUGGAUCAUAAUGAUGCAGAGGUGGUCUGUAGGGAACUGGGCUGUGGGGCUCCUUCUCUCCUCCAGGGGGCCCUCUAUGGAGAGGGGGAGGCUCCAGUCUGGACCAGUGAGCUCCAGUGUGAAGGAAAUGAGUCUGCUGUCCUGGACUGUAGAAGGUCCAGCUCAGCUGGGAAAACCUGUGGAUCUGGAAAAGCUGCUGGACUCACAUGUACAGAUCCAGGAGGUGUCAGGUUGGUGGGACAACUGAGCCACUGUGCUGGUGCUUUGGAGAUCCAAUACCAGGGAGUGUGGAGACUAGUAGGGGACCAGCAUAAAAAGUGGAACCUGAAGUAUGGAGCUCUUGUGUGUCAGUAUCUGGACUGUGGAUCAGCUGUUUCAGUUACGAGAAGAGAAGAUUCUAAAUACACACUUAAGUGGUGGGUCUCAUUUCCUUGUGUAAAGCUGACAUCUGGACUGUGGGACUGUGUUGGACUGGACGGUUCCAAUUAUGCCUCAUCUGGUGUGGAUGUGGUCUGUUCAGAUCUGCUGCCUCAGCCCAACAUCUCCCUGUCUGACGGGGUCUUUGAGGUCUACCAGCAGGGGUUCCGGGUGCUCAUGGGCUCCGACUUCACCAUCACAUGCUCCAUCCAACCACAGUACCCAGGAGGCUCCUUCCAGCUGAUCUCUGACACCAAGAAGCAGCAGAACCGCACCCUGCCAGCUGUCAAUCAUUCUGCCCACUUCCUGGUGUCUGCCGCUGGCCACGCCCACCGAGGGGACUACACAUGUGUAUAUCACGUGGAUGUUUUCAACCACAACUUCUCCUCGUCUCAGAGCCGAGCCCUCUAUAUCACUGUUGGAGCCCCUGUGGUGGAUCUGAUCAUCAGGGUGGUGCUCAUCAUCCUCAUCUUGAUCAUAGGGAACGUUUCCCUCUACUUCUGCUGUCGGGCCAAGAGGGGGCAGCUCAGACGGAAGUCAGGGAGAAGACGAUGAUCUCCACAUCCAUGUCCACGUCCACAGUCCAACAUGAAGAAGAAGAGCUGGUUGUGUUUGUGCUGUUUGUAACUUUGUCCCAGUUCUUUUUCUGGAGUCAUGGUCCAGUCUGAAUGUUCAGUGGGUUUUACUUUGCUGUAGUUCCUUGUUGUUAUUGAAGUUUGACUAAAACAUAUUCAGUCCUAACAGAAGGGACAGCAGAGCAGCAGUUCAACAGUUAGGUUAAAGCUCACACAUGAACUCAGCUCUGAAAGAAGCUGCAAACACUUGGAAAUACUUUUCAUAUGGUGGAAUUCAGCGAUGUUAUUGGGCUUUUCCUUUACAUUUACACACCAGAGUUCUUUUAUUGAGUCUUUCACUUUGUUUUUUAUUUCAUUAUUAUAUUCUACAUGUUUGUAAGUUUUUCAUAUUUUUCCAUGUCAAUGAGAGUACAUGUGUAUAGGAUACUGGCAGUUGCCAUGGAAACACCAGCAUUUCUCCAACUCUGGACCGACGGACCUGCUGACAUGAUGUCGGAUAAA